AUGGCUUUGGAACACAACCAGUCAACAGAUUACUAUUAUGAGGAAAAUGAAAUGAAUGACACUCAUGACUAUAGUCAGUAUGAAGUGAUCUGUAUAAAAGAAGAGGUCAGAAAAUUUGCAAAAGUUUUCCUGCCUGCCUUCUUCACAAUAGCUUUCAUCAUUGGACUUGCAGGCAAUUCUAUAAUAGUGGCGAUUUAUGCCCAUUACAAAAAGAGGCGAACCAAAACAGAUGUGUACAUCCUGAAUUUGGCAGUGGCAGAUUUACUCCUUCUAUUCACUCUGCCUUUUUGGGCAGUUAAUGCAGUUCAUGGGUGGGUUUUAGGGAAAAUCAUGUGCAAAGUCACUUCAGCCUUGUACACGGUCAACUUUGUCUCUGGAAUGCAGUUUCUGGCUUGUAUCAGCAUAGACAGAUAUUGGGCAGUAACUAAAGCUCCCAGUCAAUCGGGAGUGCAAAAACAAUGCUGGCUCAUCUGUUCCUGUGUCUGGAUGGCUGCCAUCUUGCUGAGUAUACCUCAGCUGGUUUUUUAUACAGUAAAUCACAAGGCUAGGUGCAUUCCCAUCUUUCCAUACCACCUAGGAACAUCAAUGAAAGCAUCAAUUCAAAUGCUGGAAAUCUGCGUUGGAUUUGUAAUACCCUUUCUUAUUAUGGCAGUGUGCUACUUCAUCACGGCAAAGACGCUCAUCAAGAUGCCAAACACUACAAAAUCUCGGCCCCUCAAAAUUCUGCUCACAGUGGUCAUAGUUUUCCUUGUCACUCAGCUGCCUUAUAACAUUGUCAAGUUCUGCCAAGCCAUAGAUAUCAUCUACUCCCUGAUCACCAACUGCGACAUGAGCAAACGUAUGGAUGUUGCCAUCCAAAUCACAGAGAGCAUUGCACUCUUUCACAGCUGCCUCAACCCGGUCCUGUAUGUUUUUAUGGGAAACUCUUUUAAAAUCUACAUCAUGAAAGUUGCCAAGAAAUAUGGGUCCUGGAGAAGACAAAGACAAAAUGUGGAGGAGAUUCCUUUCGAUUCUGAAGAUGCUACAGAGCCAACCAGUACUUUCAGCAUUUAA